UUUCCAGUUGCCAGUGCCAUUGCCUUCGUGCACAAGAGAAGUGCUCGAUCGUUGAAGCAAAUGCGUUAAAGUGAAAUUUUUACGGGAAAUAGCGAGAGGGCUGGUGUUGUGUGGAUGGUGUUUUUCUCCGUGUGAAAGUGUGUGGAGAUAGAGCCCGAAGAUGUGGUAUUAAAUUGUAGAAAGCCCAUUGGUGUGGCUUUUUAUUCCUUGCUGAAUACCUCUCCAAACCACCAAGAUGGCGGAGGUAGACCCGGAGCUGCUGCUGGAAUGGCUGAACAUGGGCCAGGGCGAUGAGAGGGACAUGCAACUCAUCGCUCUGGAGCAGCUGUGCAUGUUGCUUCUCAUGUCAGACAAUGUUGAUCGCUGCUUUGAAAGCUGCCCGCCGAGGACCUUCCUGCCCGCACUAUGCCGCAUCUUCCUGGACGAGUGCGCGCCGGACAACGUCCUGGAGGUGACGGCGCGCGCCAUCACGUACUACCUGGACGUGUCGGCCGAGUGCACGCGCCGCAUCAUCGCCAUGGAGGGCGCCGUCAAGGCCAUCUGCAACCGCCUGGUGGUGGCCGAGCUGGCCUCGCGCACCAGCAAGGACCUGGCGGAGCAGUGCAUCAAGGUGCUGGAGCUCAUCUGCACGCGCGAGGCCGGCGCCGUGUUCGAGGCGGGCGGGCUGCGCUGCGUGCUCUCGUUCAUCCGCGAGCACGGCGGCCGCGUGCACAAGGACACGCUGCACUCCAGCAUGGCCGUGGUGUCGCGGCUGUGCACCAAGAUGGAGCCGCUGGACGCGACGCUGCCGUCGUGCGUCGAGUCGCUGUCCACGCUGCUCAAGCACGAGGACCAGCACGUGAGCGACGGCGCGCUCCGCUGCUUCGCGUCGCUGGCGGACCGCUUCACGAGGCGCAGCGUGGACCCCGCGCCGCUGGCUGAGCACGGCCUCGCCCAGGAGCUGCUGACCAAGCUCUCGGCCGCGGCCUCGGGCUGCGCGGCCACCACGGCCGCCGGCCACGGCCACGGCCCCAGCGGCCCGGCCGCGGGCCUCAACGCGUCCAACGCGGCGCCCGAGAACAAGUCUUCGGCCUCGGUGUCCACCAUCAUCAGCCUGCUGUCGACGCUCUGCCGCGGCUCGCCCAGCAUCACGCACGACCUGCUGCGCGCGCCGCUCCCGGACGCCAUCGAGAAGGCCCUGAAGGGCGACGAGCGCUGCUCGCUCGACUCGAUGCGCCUCGUGGACCUGCUGCUCGUGCUGCUCUUCGAAGGCCGGCGGGCGCUCAACAGGGUGGGCUCGGCGGCACCCGCGCCCGCGACCGGAGGUCCCUCGAGCUCCGGGCAGCUGCUGCCCCGGCUGCGCCGCCUGGAGGGCGCCGGCGAGAAGACGCACCGCCAGCUCAUCGACUGCAUCCGCAGCAAGGACACGGACGCCCUGGUCGACUCCAUCGACUCUGGCGGCAUCGAGGUCAACUUCAUGGACGACGUCGGUCAGACACUGCUAAACUGGGCGUCCGCGUUCGGGACGCAGGAGAUGGUCGAGUUCCUCUGUGAUCGUGGGGCAGACGUGAACAAAGGUCAGCGUUCGUCCUCUCUACAUUACGCAGCCUGUUUCGGAAGGCCGGCGAUCGCGAAAGUUCUCCUGAAGCAUGGUGCGAACCCCGACCUGAGGGACGAGGAUGGCAAGACUCCCCUCGACAAGGCCCGGGAGCGGAUAGACGAGGGCCACCGGGAGGUGGCGGCCAUCCUCCAGUCCCCCGCCGAGUGGAUGAUCCCGACCGAGAAGCGUUCCGACUCGACGGAGAGUGAAGACAAUGGAGAACCUCGGGGCGAUCCAGAAAUGGCACCUCUUUAUUUACGGAGACUUUUGCCUGUGUUCUGCCACACAUUUCAGUCAACCAUGCUCGCUUCGGUUCGGAAAGCUAGUUUAAGCCUAAUCAAGAAAAUGAUACAUUAUAUUCAACAUGAUCUCUUGAUGGAAACCUGCAGCCUUGAAUCCCCAACUUAUAACUUUGGAUCUACGCUCACAGAAGUGAUUGCUACUGUUCUAGACAAUGAGAUGUCCUAUUGGUGGCCCUCUAAUUCUUCAUUGGGUAUCAAAGCUUUCAAUUGGGUUUCAAAGGAAGAUGAAGAUGGCCAUUUAGUAGUUCUCCAGAUUAUUCAAGACCUGAUGGAAAAAGCUCAAGAUGCCUUCCUUGAUCACUUUGCUCGUCUAGGUGUGUUCUCAAAAGUUCUUGCUUUGGUGGGGCCAAGAGAUGGUCAGGACCCAAUUGUUACUGCUGUUAAAGAAGAAGAGGAAUCAGAAGUCGAUACAGCUCAAGAAGAUGCCCGCGAAAUAUUGGCUGGCAAAGCAUAUCAUUGGCGAGACUGGUGCUUUUGCCGUGGCCGGGACUGCCUUUACAUUUGGUCCGAUGCUGCAGCAUUAGAACUCUCCAAUGGCAGUAAUGGAUGGUUCCGCUUUAUCCUAGAUGGAAAAUUAGCUACGAUGUAUAGCAGUGGCAGUCCUGAAGCAGGGACUGAUAGCACUGGGAAAGGCAAAAAUACAGAAACACUGACUGCUGAAGAAAAUCGUGGCGAGUUUUUGGAGAAACUGCAGAGAGCUAGGUCACAGGUGAAGCCUAAUGCUCCAAGUCAGCCAAUUCUUUCAAGACCAAGCACGCACAGACUUAUUGUGGGAAAUUGGCAACUCUCUGCUCGUAGAGAUGGAGAACUUCAUAUUCAUAAUUCAGAUGGACAGCAGCAAGCAACAAUUCUUCGGGAAGAUUUGCCUGGGUUCAUCUUUGAAUCCAAUCGAGGUACUAAACACUCAUUCACAGCUGAGACCUCACUUGGACCAGAAUUUGCAGCUGGCUGGACUGGCAAAAAGGGCAAACGCUUACGCUCGAAAAUAGAAGCAAUUAAGCAAAAAGUCAAGGUUCAAGCUCAGGAAAUUUAUGAUAAAUACUUCAAAGCUGCGCAGGCGCAGCCCAGAGGUGUUGUAGCAAAAUUAGGAAAUAUAGUUGCUCAGAUCGAACGAGCAUGCCAAAAGCAGCACAUGAGUGGCCGAGAGAAUGCGUCUGCGUGGCGAGAAAUGUUGGUGGGUGCUUUGGACGAACUUUCAUUGCUUCUCCAAGAAGAUGGCGUUGUAUCCGCUUAUGAACUUCACAGUUCUGGACUAGUACAAGCCCUCCUAGCUCUGCUGUCUACUUCAUGUUGGGAUGAGGGACUUAAUCUCAAAAAAAGCGACAAAUUACUUCGUCAACGUGAAAAAGUCUUCCGUUUGUGCUUUAAGGAUAAAAAGGGAGAAAGUGGCAACAACUCUGCUGUGAUAAUGGUACAGAAGUUAAUUUCUGUAUUAGAGUCAAUUGAACGACUUCCAGUUUACUUAUAUGAUACUCCUGGUUCAGGGUAUGGUCUGCAGAUUCUUACAAAGAGACUACGCUUCCGCCUUGAAAAAGCCCCAGGUGAAAGCUGCCUUAUUGAUCGGACUGGGAGGAGUUUAAAAAUGGAGCCUCUGAGCUCUGUCGCACAACUAGAACGUUACCUUCUUAAAAUGGUUGCCAAGCAGUGGUAUGAUCAUGAGAGAUCUACCUUUGCAUUUGUGCGCAGGCUAAAAGAAACUAAUAAAAUUUCAUUUCUUCAUGCUUAUGAUUUUGAUGAAAAUGGAGUAAUUUACUGGAUUGGAACAAAUGCUAAGUCAGCUUCAGAGUGGGUCAAUCCUGGGCAAUAUGGCCUGGUUACUGUUACAUCCUCUGAUGGACGCAACCUUCCCUAUGGACGCCUAGAAGAUAUUCUGAGCCGUGAGCCAUCUGCACUGAACUGCCAUACUAAUGAUGACAAGCGUGCGUGGUUCUCUAUAGACCUUGGUCUCUGGGUUCUUCCCAACUGUUACACUCUUCGACAUGCAAGAGGGUAUGGGCGUUCUGCUCUUCGCAACUGGCUCUUCCAGGUUUCAAAGGAUGGCAUAACUUGGACAACACUUUUGGCUCACAUUGAUGAUUGCUCUUUAAAUGAGCCAGGUAGUACAGCAUCAUGGCCACUUGAAUGUCCUGCUGAUGAAACCCAAGGCUGGAGACAUAUUCGAAUUCAACAAACAGGCAAAAAUGCAUCUGGUCAAACUCAUUACCUAAGCCUCUCAGGCUUUGAAAUUUAUGGAGUAGUCACUGGAGUCUGUGAAGACCUUGGCAAAGCAGCCAAAGAGGCAGAAGCCAACCUCCGGAAACAAAGGCGUCUCCUUAAAACUCAAGUGGUUAAACAUUUAGUUGCUGGAGCUAGGGUUGUUAGGGGCCUUGAUUGGAAGUGGAGGGAUCAAGAUGGUAAUCCCCCUGGAGAAGGAACAGUUACUGGAGAACUCCAUAAUGGAUGGAUUGAUGUCACAUGGGACCAAGGAGGUUCUAACUCUUAUCGGAUGGGUGCUGAAGGAAAGUACGAUCUAAAGCUUGUCAAUUCUGAGAUCAAUGACAAUACUUCACCUCUUCCAGCGACAAGCUCGACUUGUGGCUUGACUCAGACCACUCUUACUACCUUUGUCAAACCAACCAAUAGCUCCUCACCUAAGAGUGCUAAAAACUCCUCAGAUUCCGGGAAGGUAUUGACUAUGACCAGCCGGAAAUCAAGUUCCACACCAAGUCUUCCAGAUGCAACUGAGAACACUAAACCCUCAGUUGCCAGCACUGACCAAGCUGCAUCAGCUGAUAAUCUUGCAGCAAAACAAGCUGCUGAAGCUAUUGCUGAAACUGUUCUGAAUGUUGCCAGACAAGAGGCCAUGGUAGCAGUUAACACAGAAAAUGAAAAUAAUGUGAAUAUGUCUGCUGCUGCAAAUGAGCUGUCAGUUGUUGUUCAUGCUUUACGAGACACAGGCUUGGAUAUAUCAACCGCUAAUGAUCUUGCUACUAUUGUCGAAACCUUGGCAUUAGAGGAAACCAGUCGUCAGAAUUUGGAAAACAGUAAUGCCCUUAAAGAACUGAAUAAGCAGCUUCGGCGACAGGCAAGCUGUAGUAGUUGCGGUGAUGACGUACCUUCUCGGUCUCCCGCUUCACCAGCUCUUCCUCUAGAUGCAUCACAAGCUAAAACUAAUUUAAUGAAUAAGCUGUCAGCAAGAGCUAACAAGCAUCAAAUGGCAUCAUCUGCUAACUCGGCUGCAGUCGCGGCUGCAGCGGCUGCGGCUGCUGCAGCUGCACUGGAUGAUCACUCCUUGCUCUCUGCCGAAGCUGUGGAAGUGUUGGACAAAAUGAGGGAAGGUAGUGAUCUUCUCCGCAACAACACCAACAGCUUCUUGUCUGGUGAACUCCUGCCCUCUGCAUUAUUGGGAGCGUCCCCAUCUGCUGCAGCUUCCAUUGGUCUAAUGGCUUCACAGCUCCCUCAGUCAGUCAGGAUAAACAUGCCUGGAGCAGACAAUGAAGCUGGCGCAGAGAAACCUGGGCGCCACAAGCGAGGUGCUGCUCCUUCUUCCACUGCGGAUGGCAAGAAGGACCCGAAAGAUGAGGGCUCGAGUAAGGACAAAGACAAAGACAUGGCUUCGAGUCGUAACACUCAGAACACGUGUGCCAACCCCAUGAGUGUGAGUGUGCCUAAUCUAACAUGUGCCGCACAUACUCAAUCAACCGAGCCGGUCAACCCAGUGGGACUCUUGGAGACCUUUGCCGCCAUGGCGCGGCGGCGAGCGCCAGGCACGCUUGCUGGUGGGCAGGGCGGCAUGGGCGUGUCCACAUCGCCCUCCUGUUCGAAUCACGCGCCUGGCAGCUCGCUGUUCCCACGAGGGCCCAGCUCAGUCUCGAGCUUAGUCCGGCUAGCGCUUUCCUCGAACUUCCCCGGCACCCUUCUGAGUACUGCUCAAAGCUACCCUAGCUUGACGGCCAGUAACCCGCCUGGUGGAGCCAGUGUUGGAAUUUCAACAGCUGCUGGUGCAGGACCUUGUUUGAGUCAGGCUCUCACCAUGAGUCUUACUUCAACAAGUUCUGAUUCCGAGCAGGUCAGUUUGGAGGACUUUUUGGAGAGUUGCCGUGCUCCAACACUGCUUGCCGAACUUGAGGAUGAUGAUGAGAUGCCAGAACCUGAUGAGGAUGAAAAUGAUGAUGAUGACAAUGAGGAUGAUGACUAUGAAGAAGGAUUGGACGAUGAAGCAGCUUAUGAAAGCAGAAAUGGCUGUGUAGUUAGUAGUGGUAAACGCCGAAGUUGGGAUGACGAAUUUGUCCUGAAGCGACAGUUUUCCGCCCUUAUACCCGCUUUUGAUCCCCGUCCUGGAAGGACUAACGUGAACCAAACAACAGACUUGGAUAUUCCUGAGCCAGAAGGGGAAGAUAUUGGACCACCGAGUGAAGAAACUGAAAAUAUUCCUCAGCCUAAACUUCAGCUUGUUCUCCGUGGACCUAAUCUACCUGGGGUGGCUGAUGUUGAGGUUGAGCUAAGGGACCCCUCUUGGACCAUCUUCCAUGCAGUCCAAGAACUUAUACAGUUGGCAGAUCUUGGUUCUCGACAAGAGAAGCUGCGAAGGAUAUGGGAACCUAUCUACACGAUUGUUUAUCGAGAAGCAAAGAAGGAAGACAAUUGUGAGAAGGAGUCAAGUAGCGAAAACACUCCCAUUGUCACCCUUUUCUCACGAGGCAACUUGAGAUCAACGUCAGCCUCAACACCUUCAACUCCCCUGGCACCCCUUGGUUCCCCGUGCGGCACCAUGGCUUGCAGUGUCGAAGACGUGCUCCAACUUCUCCGCCAUCUUUAUGUGAUAUGUAACCAUCCCUCUCAGCCUUCAUCCCCUCUCAGCGAUGGCGAAGGAGAGACCCAACCCACGCCCGAGCUCUUCUCCUCGAAGAAGAUCACCAACAAGGUGAUGCAGCAGAUCCAAGACCCCCUGGUGCUGUCGUCGGGCGCCCUGCCCUCGUGGUGCGAGGAGCUGAACCACUCGUGCCCCUUCCUGUUCCCCUUCGAGACGCGGCAGCUGUACUUCAACUGCACGGCGUUCGGCGCGUCGCGGUCCAUCGUGUGGCUGCAGACGCAGCGCGACGUGACGCUGGAGCGGCAGCGCGCGCCGGGACUGUCCCCGCGCCGCGACGACCCGCACGAGUUCCGCGUGGGCCGCCUGAAGCACGAGCGCGUCAAGGUGCCGCGUGGCGAGAAGCUGCUGAGCUGGGCGCUGCAGGUGAUGAAGACGCACGCGGACCGCAAGAGCAUCCUGGAGGUGGAGUUCCAGGGCGAGGAGGGCACGGGGCUGGGCCCCACGCUCGAGUUCUACGCGCUGGUGGCGGCCGAGCUGCAGCGCAAGGACCUGGGCAUGUGGCUCUGCGACGACGACGGCGAGGAGUUCGACCAGCCCGUGGACCUGGGCGAGGGCACCAAGCCCCCCGGCUUCUACGUGCGCCGUCCCGCCGGGCUGUUCCCCGCGCCGUUGCCGCAGGACAGCGCGGCUUGCGACCGCGCCUGCACCUACUUCUGGUUCCUGGGGGUGUUCCUGGCCAAGGUCCUGCAGGACAACCGGCUGGUGGAUCUGCCGCUGUCGACACCCUUCCUCAAGCUUAUGUGCCAGGGCGACGUGAGCGCGCGCCGCCUCGCCCGCAACGCUCCGACCCACAACCAGGGCGACGAGCCCAUGGACGUGAUGACGAGCUCGCUCAUCUCGGAGGAGAGCGAGAAGGAGCUCGAGUUCGACCCGCCCAAGGCGGGCCAGGGCGCCCAGAGCGAGGACAAGCCCUGGUGCAGCGGCAUUCUCACGAGCGAGGACCUCUGCGAGGUGGACCCUGUCCGCGGCAAGUUCAUGGCGCAGCUGGGCGAGCUGGCUCAGCGCAAGGUCCGGAUUCUGCAGGACAACGCGCUCUCCAUCGAGUCUCGCUCCCACCAGAUGCAGAACCUGGCGCUGUCGCCGUCUCAGUCCUCGACGGGCACCGUGGUGCGCCUGGAGGACCUGGCCCUCACCAUGACCUACCUGCCCUCUUCCCGCGUGUUCGGCUUCUCUGCAGCCGAGCUGGUUGCCAACGGCUCCGACAUCGAGGUGUCCAUCGACAACGUGGAGGAUUACUCGAACCUCACCGAGGCCUUCUGUUUGGAGAAGGGUAUUGCUCGGCAGAUGACUGCUUUCUCCAAGGGUUUCAACUUAGUGUUCCCCAUGGACAAGCUAAAGGCCUUUAGCCCCGAGGAGGUUCGCAUCAUGGUCUGCGGUGACCAAAACCCUCAGUGGACCCGUGAGGAUCUGCUCAACUACACCGAACCCAAGUUGGGUUACACUCGUGAUAGUCCCGGCUUCCAGCGUCUUGUGAACGUACUUUUGAAAAUGUAUGCCGAUGAGAGGAAAGCUUUCCUCCAGUUCACAACAGGCUGUUCCUCCUUGCCUCCAGGUGGUUUGGCAAACUUAUAUCCUCGUCUCACAGUGGUUAGAAAAGUGGAUGCUGGUGAAGGCAGCUAUCCCUCUGUAAACACGUGUGUACACUACCUCAAGUUGCCAGAGUACCCAUCUGAAGAGUUGCUGCGAGAGAGGCUGCUGGCUGCAACUCGUGAGAAGGGCUUCCAUCUUAAUUAGUUGUUAAUUACAAAAGCCUGUGGAUUGAUUCCAUUUUUUAAACAGAUCUCAUUGUGAAGAGUGUUUGUUGUUGUGUUCUGGUGGAUAUGCCAAGAUGUGCUUCUAGGUGGGGAUGGCAUGGUGUGAGGUCAGGUGUGCAGUUUGUAGCUCUGCUAUGAAGAUAGCAAUAGAUUUUUUUUCUUUUAUAAGGGAUUACAAUGUAGGGUAUCAAAUUGUGUAAUCCAAAACUGCACAAUCUAUUAUUGUGCAAUAAUAGGGAAAAUGUUUGGUGGUUUUAUUUUGUGUAUUGUUUGUACUUGCUGAGUUCUGAGCCACAGUGUGAAAAAUGUUGAAUCUCAACAUAAAUAAUUUUCCCAAAGAAAUAGAAUCAAAGUGUCAAGGUAAAAAUGUUUUAUCUUAUCAAUUUUUAAAACCCCUGAUUUGUAGUUAAUGUUGAAGCACAAUGCUCAUGUGUAAUCUGUCAAUCACAAUGUUGUCGUUUAUUUCCUUAUUUUCUAAAUAAAUGAAUGCUUGUGAGAUUUUAGGCCGUGAUAUCGUAAAAAUGUAUUACUGUAUUCAGAAUAACUAAUUAUGUUUAUUACCUUCUAUAAGCACUUGGUUUGCAGGAAAAUGUUACUAGUCUGUUUCCAAUAGGCUCUUUCGCCAAAGACAGUGCACUCGAAAAGUGAAUUGCUUCUCAGAUAAGAGGCCGCUGCUUGCAAAAUGAUUUCAAGUUUGUGCCUUAUUGCACAUUAAAAACUGUGAAUUCUGUUAAACAGAUAUUGUGAUGAAUGUGAUCCUAAAAUGGGAGCUACCUAUGUAUAAAAAAAUACUACUGUUAUUGUUGUAAUAGAAAUAUUAAGAGGUUUACUUUGCCUAAUCAUUAAUAAUGACAAAUUAUGUUGUAUAUAUUGUAAUUUCUAGAAUUAAAUGAGCUUGUAUUACAUGUUUGUCAGUGCAAAUCAAAUAUUACUACUCUUGGCGGUAGGGUUUUUUGUAUGAACAUGCCAAUGGGAGACCUGGAACUUUACAUUGGUCUCAAGCAUUCAAUGUUCUGUAUCCUGUUGUCUUUUCUUUUUUUUUUCUUUUGAUGAUUUUAUUUCCAUCUUUGUGUUACUGACUAUAACAUAUGUUUAAAAAAAAUCAAUAAGAUAAAUGCAUAUAAAUAUAUAUAUAUACCUAUAUUUGAGUAUUCGAGUAUAUGUGUUAGAUAAAUCUAUGGAGAGAGAAAUACUUUGUAAUAUAAUUUGCGCUGAAAGCAUAAAAAAAAUGUGAUCACCUAACAGCUACUAAGAAAGAUCUUUAUAAUUAUAUACUGUGGAAAGCAUAAAGUUAUAAAAUAUGUGAGACAAACUAGAA